AUGUUGAAGGCAUCCAUGUUUGCCAGUCCUUCUGAAGAUAAACGAGAAAAAACGGUCAUGGCAGUCUUGGAGGAAUUACAAAAGGACCUGACCUUGGUGGCAGCCGGGGCCAAUGCAGUGGACACUCAAGGAGAGUUUGAGCUCAAGGACGAUACGCCUCGAUUGGUUCGUUACUUCGACACUCCCGGUGACUGUUUGUUGCGUCACAAUGGCUUGACGGUCCGAAUUCGACGUCCUUUGGAUGAAUGGUACAGUGAUCCUUGGGAGGCCAUGCUCAAGGCUUGCAGUGGGGAUCGGUACCAUACUACAGUACGGAUGCCCUAUGUGCAAGGCUGCAAUUCCGAGGUUUCCAAGGAAUACAAGAACAAGUUCGAGGAAGAUAUUGGCCAUUUCGACUGGACGGGUAGUGUCUUUAGUUUCAGUCAGAAAUGCUAUGUUGCCCCGAAGGAUCUGCCAGAACACAGCAGGGGUAACUUACAAAUGGUUUCCACUGUAUGGGAGAAUACACAAGACUUCUUCCAGAAUGAUCUCGGAUUUGAUGACAUGUCCACACCAUUGGCUUUGGUCAGCAACACUACUAUCACCGAGAUUGCGUAUGAAGACUUCUGGAUCUAUCUGGAUGAGGAUGACUAUGAUGACGAUGAUGCCAUGGCACAGGCCAAAGUAACUCUCUGGUACAAGACACAGGAUGGGAUCAUAACCGAUGGUGGCGAACAUAAAUUGCCUGAAUAUACUGGGGUGGGGGACCCCAUCGUCGCCGAACUGAGUUUUCGAAUCAAGAGCAAGCACGAAGCAUGGACGGAUGAUACCAUCAUGAACAUGCACAACUUUUGGGAACAGUUGGGCACGUCUUUGCCCAAAAAGUGGUUGGAUCCCAAAAGUAUGACCAAGACAUCCUGGAUCUAUCAGUAUGAUCCCGAAUUUUGUAAUCCCGAAGAUUCGAAUGGAGAGUCGAGUUGA